GAGAUGGCAGCAGGGGAGACUCAGCUCUACGCAAAGGUCUCCAACAAGCACAAGGGCCGCAGCACCCCCUCGCUCCUGGACGCCCUCCUGGGAAUGGGCUUCCCAGCACACACUGCGCUAAAGGCCCUGGCAGCCACUGGAAGAAAGACAGCGGAAGAGGCAUCCAAUUGGCUGCGUUGUCAUCGUGAUGACCCUUCUCUGGAUGAUCCCAUCCCCCAGGAGUACGCCCUUUUCCUCUGCCCCACGGGGUCCCUGCUGGAAAGACUGCAGGGGUUCUGGAGAGAGAGCAAGAGUCAGUGCACAAAGAACCGAGCCCAUGAGGUCUUCCCUCACAUAACGCUCUGUGACUUCUUCACGUGUGAAGACCACAAGGUGGAAUGUCUGUAUGAGGCUCUAAAGAGAGCUGGGGACAGGAUCCUGGGCUCCUUCCCCUCGGUCGUCCCUCUGGUUCUCCACUCUUCCAUCAGCUAUCUGGGCUUCUUCGUGAACGACAGCCCUGCAGACGUCAUCCGGGAGUUUGCCAUAAUGUUCGCUACAGAAGCCUCUGUCUUAGCAGACUGCACCGUGAAGCCUUGCACCAAGCAGCUGCAUCUGACCUUGGCCCACAGGUUCUACCCCCACCACCAGAGGACACUAGAGCAGCUGGCCAGAGCCAUCCGCCCGGGCCACAGCUGCCAGUGGACCGCAGUGCUCUACUCCCGAGACAUGCGCUUCGUGCACUACCAGACCCUCAGGGCCCUCUUCCAGUACAAACCUCAGAACGUGGACGAGCUUACACUAAGUCCUGGCGACUACAUCUUCGUGGACCCCACUCAGCAGGAGGAAGCUAGCGAGGGCUGGGUGAUUGGGAUCUCCCAGCGGACAGGCUGCCGAGGCUUCCUACCUGAGAACUACACGGAGCAAGCCAGCGAGUCUGAUACCUGGGUUAAGCACAGGACCUACACCUUCAGCCUGGCCAUGGACCUGAUCUCCAGAAAGGACGGUGAGGCCAGCAGCCAGCGAAAUGGGGAACUCUACCCUUCACAGACGCCAAGGGACAUUAGCAGCAUCCAGGCUUUACAGGCCACAAUAGCGAGGAGGAGUGUUUUGGUGGUGCGCCAUGGCGAAAGAGUGGAUCAGAUCUUCGGGAAGUCAUGGCUACAGCAAUGCUCCACUCCAGAUGGGAAAUACUACCGGCCAGACCUGAACUUCCCUUACAGUCUACCCCGAAGGAGCAACGGUAUCAAAGACUUUGAAAACGACCCACCAUUAUCAUCGUGUGGGAUUUUCCAGUCCAGGAUGGCAGGGGAAGCACUACUGGACAGCGGCAUCAGAGUCAGCUCGGUCUUUGCCUCCCCGGCCCUCCACUGUGUGCAGACAGCCAGACACAUCCUGGAAGAGCUCAAACUGGAGAAAAGAAUUAAGAUAAGAGUGGAACCUGGAAUCUUUGAGUGGACGAAAUGGGAGUCCGGCAAAACCACCCCGACCCUCAUGACCCUGGACGAGCUGAAAGAGGCGAAUUUCAACAUCAGCAUGGAUUAUAGGCCUGCGUUUCCCCUUGCCUCCCUCCUGCCGGCUGAGAGUUACGACGAGUAUGCGGAGAGGUGUGCGGUGAGUGUGGGACGGAUCAUCAGCGCCUGCCCACGGGACGUGGGCGUCAUCCUGAUUGUGAGCCAUGGCUCGGCGCUGGACUCCUGCACUCGCCCGCUCCUUGGGCUGCCGCCCCGGAACAGUGGAGACUUCGCCCAGAUGGUGAGAAAGAUUCCUUCUCUGGGCAUGUGCUUCUGUGAGGAAAAUAAAGAGGAAGGAAAAUGGGAACUGGUGAAUCCUCCAGUGAAGACGCUGACCCACGGCUCGAACUCGGCGUUUAACUGGCGGAACUGGCUCCCGGGCAGCUAGGAGCCGCGCUCACGCUCUGCUUGGCGCCGGGAGGAGGGGCGUCCUCCGCUCCCCCGAUGUGAUUUGUAGAUGCACGAAAUGCACUUUUGGUUCGCCAUCCGCUGUCGCCUUCGCAGCGGCCACCAGUGGACCGUUACCCUGUGAGUGCAGCCCUUGAGACGUGUGGACCUGCCGCGUGGCCGGAGGGAAGGAGCCGCGGCGACCCACCACGGGGGACCGGAAGGA